GACCGCACCAUCGCCUCCGCCAAGCUCCGGCUCCUCGAGUACUCCGCCUUCAUGGAGGUGCCGCGGGAUGCCGAAACGUACAGCAAACACCUCUUCGUGCACAUCGGCCAGACGAACCCCUCGUACUCCUGAGCAGCUCUGUAAGCUGUCUCCUGUCCCCGUCGAGAACUGGGUGUGAUGGCACCUCAUGAGACCCUCUCCCCACUCUGGUGUCUCCAGGCGGAUCUGAACAGCACGAUCCAGGACGGGCCAGGGACUUUCUACGGUGUCAGCAGCCAGUACAGCAGUGCAGAGAACAUGACCAUCACGGUCUCCACCAAGGUGUGCUCCUUUGGGAAGCAGGUCGUGGAGAAGGUGGAGACGGAGUACGCGCGGCUGGAGACCGGCCGGUUUGUCUACCGCAUCCACCGCUCCCCCAUGUGCGAGUACAUGAUCAACUUCAUCCACAAACUCAAGCACCUCCCGGAGAAGUACAUGAUGAACAGCGUCCUGGAGAAUUUCACCAUCCUGCAGGUUGUUACGAACAGGGAUACCCAGGAAACCUUGCUCUGCAUAGCCUUCGUCUUCGAGGUCUCCACCAGCGAGCACGGCGCCCAGCACCACGUGUACAAGUUGGUCAAGGACUAG